AAAAAGAAACGCAGAGUUCUUUUUUCCAAAAGUCAGACAUACGAACUUGAACGAAGGUUUCGACAGCAGAGGUACUUAUCAGCUCCAGAACGAGAACAUCUGGCAAGUAUUUUAAGGCUGAGUCCAACGCAAGUUAAGAUAUGGUUUCAAAACCACCGAUACAAGUUGAAAAAA